GUUGAAAUAUGAGAGAGAGCCGACAAUGUCAGGAAGUAAAGCAAUCUGUACAUGAAUUUUGAUCCCUAUCCACUCUCUCACCUUCCCUAUAUAAACCCCACUUCACUCCCCAUUUUUCUUGCUCACUCCAAUCAAUCAUCACUCACAAAAUCACCUCUCUUCUCUCAACUCAAAUCCAUGGCUCCCACUGCUGAAAAUGUUGUAGUUUCCAACAUCAAACUCGAGCGAAUGCUAAGCAUGAAAGGUGGCAAGGGCGAAGCUAGCUACGUCAACAACUCCCAAGCCCAGGCGCAACAUGCCCGGUCGAUGGUGCACCUGCUGAGGGAGACCCUCGACGGGGUGCGGCUGAGCGAGGAGGAGGAGGAGGUGCCGUUCGUGGUGGCGGACCUCGGAUGCUCGUGCGGGAGCAACACCAUAUACAUGGUGGACUUCAUCAUAAAGCACAUGAUGAAGCGCCACGAGGCGGCCGGCCUCCACCCGCCCGAGUUCUCGGCCUUCUUCUCCGAUCUCCCCUCCAACGACUUCAACGUCCUCUUCCAGCUCCUCCCCCCCUACGGCGGCGUCAGCAUGGAGGAGUGCCUCGCCUCCGACACCCACCGCUCUUACUUCGCCGCUGGAGUCCCCGGCACCUUCUACCGCCGCCUCUUCCCGGCCAAGUCCGUCGACGUCUUCUAUUCCGCCUUUUCUCUCCACUGGCUAUCUCAGGUACCUGAUGUUGUGUUGGACAAGAGAUCAACGGCGUACAAUAAAGGGAGAAUAUUCAUCCACGGUGCUAAUGAGAGCACAGCUAAUGCCUACAAGAAGCAAUUUCAGAGUGAUUUGGGUGGAUUUUUGAGGUCAAGGGCGAAAGAGAUCAAAAGAGGUGGAUCCAUGUUCUUGGUUUGUUUGGGCCGGACCUGCCCCGACCCCACCGACCAGGGCGGUGCCGGCCUUCUCUUCGGUACUCAUUUUCAAGAUGCUUGGGAAGAUCUUGUUCAAGAGGGCCUAAUCACUAAUGAACAACGCGAUAACUUCAACAUUCCGGUCUACGCGCCGAGCCUAGAGGAUUUCAAGGAGGUGGUGGAAGCCGACGGCUCGCUCCUGAUAAACAAGCUGGAAGUCUUCCGAGGCGGGAGUCCGCUUGUGGUGAACCACCCCGACGACGCCGCAGAGAUCGGCCGCGCCCUCGCCAACAGCUGCCGCAGCGUCAGCGGUGUCCUCGUCGACGCGCACAUCGGCGACCAGCUCAGCGACGAGCUUUUCUCGCGCGUCGCCAGCCGAGCCACGAGCCAAGCCAAGGAGCUCCUCGACCAGCUCCAGUUCUUUCACAUUGUGGCUUCCCUAUCUUUAGCUUGAUUAGGGAAAAAAUUAGAGACCUAAAAAAACUGUCUAGCUAUGUUGUUGGCAGGUUAAUUAAUUAAUCAACGACUCUUUAAUUAAUUGUGUUGUUUAGUGGAGUAUCUUAAUAUUGAUUAAUUUGUGUUAUUAAUUAA